AGGAGAUGAUCUGGUCUCUAUCCAAUUGGCAAAAAAUUAAAAAAAUUUAAAUCAACCCGAUCUCUCCAUGUGUCCUUAAUUGGUCAAGAGAAAAAGUAAAUCAUUUAAAUUUUGUAAUUUAUAAUUUUUAGAUUCAAUUCUAUUUUCCUAACUCUGAAACUGAUCAGAAACCAAAACGAAUUUCAAAACAGGUAAAGAUCGAAAGAAGCUAGAGACCACCGGCUUCGCGUGUGAUUCUAAUCCCAACAACGACCUCUGUGUUUCAAACCAGCUAGUGUGGAUCAAGACUACAGGCGCCGGAACUUCACCGUAUACCUAUCUUCCUCAUCGAAUCAGAUGCAGCCACGUAUGGUGAAACCAUACGUGAAUAAGAACAUACACGUCAAAGAGAUCACCAUUCAACCUUACAACUACACCACCACCAACACUACUACCCCACCGGCCUGCGAUGUCACCCACGACGUCCCCGCCGUCGUCUUCUCCUUAGCUAUCGUCGGAAACAUCUUUCACGAGUUCAACGAGAUCAUCAUCCCCCUCUUCGUCACAUCCCGUAACUUCCAUUCCCGACUCCACUUCGUCAUCGCCGAUUACGAUCACCUAUGGGUUACCAAGUACCGCCGGAUUCUCUCUCAUCUCUCCGACUACGAAAUCAUCAAUACUUCAGAAGACACAAGAGUUCAUUGCUUCCCUGGAGCUGUCACCGGCCUUCACUUCCAAAACGACAACCUUGCCUGCAAGAACAGCGACUUACCCGUCAACUGUUCCAUUUUGGAUUUCAGGAAAUUCCUCCGAGAAACAUUCCAUCUCAAGAUCAAGAACAUCUCCCAGCUUAACAAGAACAAUUCUUCUAGAAAGCCAGUUCUUGUUCUUUUCUCACGACCUCAUUCUCGGAGGUUCUUGAACGAAGGUGAGAUGGUGAAGGUGGCGGAUCAAUUAGGGUUUCGAGUUAUAUUGGCAAAGCCUGAGCUGACUUCGAAUCUGGAUAAAUUCUCACGUGUGGUGAACAGGUGUGAUGUUAUGGUGGGUGCUCAUGGAGCAGGGUUAACCAACGAGGUGUUUUUGCCGGAAGGUGCAGUGCUGGUGCAGGUGGUACCUUUGGGUGUGCAGUGGGCCUCCACGCAUUAUUUUGGGAUUCCAGCGGGGGAGAUGGGUGUUCAGUAUUUGGAGUACCAGAUCAGUCCCCAGGAGAGCUCGCUAAUGGACGUGUACGGUCCCAAUCAUCCUAUCGUGGCUGAUCCUGAUUCCAUAAACCGGCAGGGUUACAAUGUUGGUAGACCUUACUACUUUGACGGCCAAGAUAUCAGGCUUGAUCUAUCAAAGUUUAAGGACAUCCUUGUGGAAGCACUUAAACUUCUUGGCCGCUAAUUACUCAAUAAUAAAAGGAAGGAUUCCUUCCCCAUGCCCAUGGGUCUGGUGUCUUGGGGAUGGGUAUUAGAAUAGUGGGGAGGGCAUUAUAGACAAUGUACAUGUUAUUUUUUUAGGGUGGGGGGAGGUUAAUAUUGUCCUUUUAGAUGUGUUGACUAUUUGAGCAAUAGAUAUAUUGUAAUGUAACCUCUUGGAACCACCCUCACUCCUUAUAGUGUGGGGACUGGGGAGUGUCUCUAUUCGUUUUUCAUUUUUUCUUCAUCUUUGUAUAUUCUAUUUCUUUUGGGGCA